AUGCCGGAGGCCGCGGCGCCCGGCUCCUCGGCACCCGGGGGUCCGCAGCCGUUCGGCCCGGGCCCCCCCGAGGCCGCGUCCUGCUCCUCGUCCCCCAGGCGGGCGGUGCGUGAGACUGUGGCGGCGGGUGCGCUAGCCGCGGAGCCGGGGGAGCCCCGCGCAGCCCGAGCCCGCCCGCCCCAUGGCGCCCCGGCCCCGGCGCGUCGCCGCCGCUCUCGCCCGCUCACUCGCUUGCCCGCCCCACCGACGCCGCUUCUCCAGCCCCCACUGUCUGACUUCGGAUGCCCGCCGCGGCGCCGCCGAUUGUUUUUGUUUUCACGGGAACCGACCGAUGACCUGGUUCUCCCGGGCGGCACCAAGCGCCUCGGACCGGGAGGGGCGCCGCCAGCCGCGGGAGGGAAGGAGGCAGCACGGGCCGUACCAAGCGCGUCGGGGGGGGCAGCGACGGGCGUCCGCACGCGCCGCCGCUCUAAAAGUGUGGGCCGUACCACGAGGAACGCGUGCGAGGGAGAGGGAGAGGGUGGAGCCAGGCCCCAAUUGGUCCGAGGAGCUAAAUAG